AUGUUCAGACAAAGUGUCCGACGGUUCGCUACGACUGCUCUGCGCAGCACGGCCGAGAGCUCCUACGGCGUCCGAGUCUCCCAGGCGCAAGGCUUCGUCAACGGGCUAACCGAAGCUAUUGGCAACACUCCCCUCAUUCGCCUCAAGCGCCUCUCUGAAGAAACCGGCAGCAACAUCCUCGCCAAAGCCGAGUUCCAGAACCCCGGAGGUAGCGUUAAGGACCGAGCGGCGCUCUACGUCGUCAAGGAUGCGGAGGAGCGGGGCCUCUUAAGGCCCGGCGGUACCGUCGUUGAAGGAACAGCGGGAAACACGGGUAUUGGACUCGCGCACGUCUGCCGGUCCAAGGGGUACAAGCUUGUCAUCUACAUGCCGAACACGCAGUCGCAGGGUAAGAUUGACCUCUUGCGGUUGCUCGGCGCGGAGGUGUACCCUGUGCCCGCGGUGGCGUUUGACAACCCGGAGAACUACAACCACAAGGCGCGCCGACACGCCGAGUCCCUAGAUAACGCGGUGUGGACGAACCAAUUCGAUAACACGGCCAAUCGCCGCGCGCAUAUUGAGACGACAGGCCCGGAGAUCUGGGCGCAGACGGGCGGCAAGCUGGAUGCGUUUACAUGCUCGACUGGAACGGGUGGUACGCUUGCUGGUAUUACAUACUACCUGAAGCAGGCCAGUAAUGGCCGGGUCAAGUCCUUCCUUGCCGAUCCUCCUGGCAGUGUUCUGCACAGCUACAUCCAGAGCGGCGGGAAGCUGACCGAGCGGUCCGGUAGCAGUAUCACUGAGGGUAUUGGUCAGGGCCGUAUCACGGAUAACCUUCAGCCUGAUGUUGGCACCUUGGACGGAUCAUUGAACAUCAGCGAUGAGAAGUCAAUUGAGAUGAUCUACCGCUGCCUCGAUGAGGAGGGUCUCUACCUCGGCGCCAGCUCCGCGCUCAACGUCGUUGCCGCUAAGGAGGUUGCUGAGAAGCUCGGCAAGGGCAGCACUGUCGUGACUAUCCUUGCUGAUGGUGCCUAUCGGUAUGCAGAUAGGCUCUUCUCCAAGUCAUGGCUUGAGAGCAAGGGUCUGCGCAACGCCAUCCCCAAGCACCUGGAGAAGUACAUCGUUCUUCCGUGA